AUGGCAUGUUGCGACGCUGAUUCCUGUGGAGCCUUGACGUGGGGGUACCUAAGACACGGAGAUUCGUCGUCGUAUCGGACAAGGGUUCAUAUGGACCGCCAGUGCGUAAUGCGCCAGGAAAUCCGCGCCGAGGAUGGACCUUCACGUUGGCCACGGCUCGUAGCGUUCGUGCUUCGCUAUGUCGGGGCGCGAACAGCGUUAACGCUGUGGUCGAACUGUGCAAAAACAAGAUCAGCAGAUUCUGCCAAAUCAUCCAGAGGCGUGGCUCUCGUCAUUGGUGCGAUGAUUUGUGCAACAGAUUUAGGCAAAUGCUCCAGCCAUAAACCUCGAAGAACCUUUUCUGAUACGUUGUGCUUUCCCAGCUGGUUCCUCAUAUAUCUGAGAAGCUGGGAUGGCGUUUUGUCGCCUCUAGUGACGUUCCGCAGUAUCUCUUGGAUCAUAUCUUCCUCGGAACGUCCGGUUCGCUUGAGGAUUGCUUCCUUUAAUGAUCGUACGGUUCAUGCUCGCGCAAAUCGGAGAGAGGACAUCAGAAAUUUCGUCCAUCAUAUCAGAUGGGAGUUUCUGCAUUACAUUCGCGAAUCUGGCUCGCUGUGA